UCGAUCGGUGACUACAAAUCCAGCUGACGUAAAAGUGGCGGGAGAGUCGUGUGUUUACUGGCUCAGUGCUGUAGAGUUCUGCUGCUGCGGUAUGUCGUUAACUCUUGUUUUGGGCACUUUCUGGUGUAUGUCUACUGACCGUGUUGAAGACCGGGAAGUAGAUGUGUUCGAGAGGUUAAUGCGUUCAUCGCUAAAAGAUGAAUGUGUUAACAGAGAAGGCGACAUCCAUGGAUUUUGCGAGGCAGAAGAGGAUAUUGUCGAUCUUCUGAGCAACCUGCGCGUCCAUGGCUACGCAUACUCAGUUAGAAUUAGUGUGUAUUAUCGCCAGCCCCCUUCAGGUGCUGCUAAACGUACUCUGUGUUCUUGUGCCACAUUUAAAAGCAGCAUUCAGAUAAGCUUUUUUGGUUCUUUUAUAUUGCAUGGGAGCAAUGGACAAGCCACAAGCAAAAUUUACAAAAGAGUUGCAGUUGCAGAUCACCCUGGCAACAUCAAGGUGACACAGUUGCCUUCUCCCAGCAGUGAGAGGCAAUGUUGUGAUCAUUCCUCUGAACCUCCUCCUCUUGUGGAAAGUGUAAUUGACACACAAUGCAUACCCAGGUGCGGUAGUCCCUACCAUUAAAAAUAAGGUUCCUGUGGCACAUUACCUGGUUCUGUAUCAUCAAGUCAGACCAUAUCAGUCCAAGGGAAAAUAUAAAGAACACAAAUGAGUGCUGAGCUACAGUUGCAGACAAAUGGCUGAAUUUUCCAGGUUUUCUGUUCAGUCAACAAAUUAACACAUGGAGACAGAAGGGAGUAUAGUAUCUGAUUCUGAACUAUAUUUCUAGUAGCAUGUUAAUUUACCACUUCACUGUACAUGAUUUGACAACUUUGUGUUGUUACAGGUUGCUGCAGAAGUGGCCUUGGUUUUCAAGUAAGACAGAAAGGCAAAUUUCUGAUUUAUUAAAAUCAUGAUGCUAUUACAUCAUCCUCGGGAUAAGAUGUAGCUAGUGCACACAUUGUCAGUCUGUUAAUGUUUAUAGUGCUGUAGGUCAGGUUUAUAACCAGCCUAGCUAACCACCUUUCAUCUUGUUCCUCCGAUGAAGUUGAGCUUCUGGGAUUGUCACUGACUUGGUAUACUACCUCCUCACUGCUGGUAUCCUCUGAACUUUGUAAUACAGGGCUGGCAGGUUCAGACCAACUGCUGCUUGAGCCAAACCCAAAGGUUUCAUCAAGACAAAUUAAAGGGCUGUUCUUGUAACUGUCAUUCAACUUAUGAAAGUCCCAGCCAGGGUAAUAAAUGAAAAUUGCGCAGAGAUGUUUGCAUGGAUAUUUCCACCUUUGGAAGUCUUCACAUGUGCAAUUAGGCUUUGCAAAAUUUACCACAUAGUAACAAUCCUUGGCCUCUGCACUUUCUACACAAAAUAAUCCCUCACCCAUUUCUCUCGCUAAGCUUUCGGUAAGUUCAGUUUGCGCUGAAGAAUAUCUUUUCAUUAUGUGAUUCACAAAUUCAUGUGACUUGUUAUGCAAGAAGUGAGGAAUCGCACUGCUGUAAGAUUUCACAGCUGAAUUCUUCAGACAAUAUUUUUUAAACAGGCUAGGGAUGAAAUCAUUUAUUAAAACUUCAACAACACCUGUCAAUGUUUUAUCUGCUGAAUGUCUAAGAAAAGAAUGUUUCACUCUUUUAUUUAGUGAUUCAACACCAUUAGUAGUAGUUAUAUUGGCGAAGAAAUUCUUGUCCUCAUAGGCCUUCACCCACCUUUCAGAUACUGAAAGCCAUUGCUUAUUAAAAUAAUAAAGUGUACCAGAAUUUCUAGUUAAUAAUUCAUGAGAUUGAAGGUUUUGUUUUGCAGUUAAAAAUUUUUCUUCAGAUGGUGACUCUGCAAUUUCUUCCCACAGCUUCAGAAUUUGCUCACUAUCUCCCGGUAUGUCUAAAUUGUUAUUUUUGCUAAGCCACCGUUCCCAGGCUUGCUUUUGAUGAAAUAAACAAAGAUAAACCCUUGACAUUGGAAAUGUUCCUUCAAUUGCCUGUAUCUCAGACCCAGAGAAAUAUGUAACCCAUGAAACUGGAUUCCAAUCUGGGUUCUGUGCCUUGAAAAUUUCUAGAGCCUCUUUAAUUGAUGCAGUGUUUUCUACUUGAAUGAAGAAUAUCCCAACUACUAAAGAGCAUACAUUAGCUUUCACUACCAAGAAAAAUAAUGGAAUGUCAUACUUCAUUGUCUUGUAUGUUGCCUCAAGCAUACAUACCCUACCAUGCUUUUUCAAAAGUUCCCUUUGUCACUCGUGCUGGUAACAAAAAGCAAUGGCUGCACUUUUCCAUUGUCAUCUGUAAACAGUCUGAAAAAAAUCUCUCAGCCUUCGAUUCCUUUUCCCACCCAUUAAUUUGAUUCCUUAAUGCAUCUUGGUCAAUAAGUUUUCUUCAAAUCAAAUAGAGCCCGAUACAUAUGGCUAUAAAUUGUACUAUCUGUUGGGUAAAACAUUAUGUUCAUCCGAUCUGGGCUGUUCCAGCAACACUAAAGUGCACGAUCCCUGAAAGUGUUAACGAACAAACUUUAGUUACGUUUUAUUUGCAGCAAGUGUGUUUCUGUAUUGCAUCCUGGUCACUCACUGAUUUCCUUACAAGAAAUAAGCUCUGAGCACAUGGGUGUAAGUUGUUUAAUCUGUGUGGUAAAACAAUAUUUGAGAAAAGGUUUUUCAUUUAUAAAACAGUAGCAACUCAAAAAACUUAUGUAUGUUGCUCAUAAUUUGUUGUGUAGUCAGAAUACACUUGUUGGAAUGAAUACAUUCAAUUAUGUAAUUAUCAUUUCCUUUGGCAAUGAAUCAUAUGAGAUAGACAUGACAUUAGAGGGAAUAGCAGUUUUCAAAACAUAUUUUUCAGUGCAUACUGUUAUGUGUGCAUUGUUCCUUUAAGCUUACACACAAUCUGUUGUUCAAAAUGACUAGUGGUUAGUGUUUUUUGAAAUGUUUAUACUACUGUACAUGUCAAUGUAUUUUAUGUUUUGCAAUUAUAUAAGCACGCAUGAACUAUAUAUGUGAAUUGGACAUAUGGAGAAAUGUCAUUGUGUAAUUAUCCUUUUUCAGUGAAAACUAAACUCCAUGUAUUUCCUAUUACAGAUAAUAAAACAAUGUCAUAUUAAUAA